GGGGAAAUAACGAACCAGCUGAUCCAAAUACCAUCCGCAGAUGGACAUGUUGCCCUGGUUCUCGUCCAUGCAGCGACGGAAGUUCUGCACGUCGGUGGCGCAGGCGGGGUUCUCCCAGGAGCUGUUGGUGGCGUUGCCGGCCCAGAGGGCGUUGUCCAUGGCCUGGGGCGCGGCUGGGGGAGCAGCGGCCUCGGCGGCCUCGGCGGGGGCGCUGGAGCCGCCGCCGCUGAAGAACCCGCCGAUGGCGUGGCCGAUGGAGGAUCCGACUGCUACACCACUGUUUUUUGGUCGGUUAAUGAUGUUAUAAGGGGCUUGGAAGGGGACCACCGGGGCGAUGCAGGUGGUCU